AUGUCAUUUGAUCAGCACAGUAGCACAGUGGUCCUUGAUAUGAUGAGGGGUAUGACCUUUCUACCUGGCAUGGGGUUAGGACGACGUCAGCAGGGACCGAGCGAGUUCAUAGCUGCCAUUGACCAUGAUACGACAUUUGGACUUGGAUUCAUCCCUAUUGAGGCCGAUUACCGUGACAUGGCGCUGCUGCGCAAGGAGAGGGUGAGAGCCCGUUUAUCCCACACACCAUUUGAUUAUCCUAUUCGACCCUAUAGGAUGAGUUUGGCUGACUACUUUGUCAGAGGAUCAGAGACUCGACCUCGUCUAGAGGAGAUUGAUAGUGUGGUUCAUACAGAUAGAGAGACCGAUCUUCAGCAUCUAUUUCACCAGCUACAGUUGAGUGAUGGGGCUCCCGACUCUUCUUUUCCUUUGACGAUUACUCCCAUGUCUCCAGAUCGAGCUAGCAUGUUGUCUCUAUGCUUUCCAGAGGAGAUCACUGGUGAUGGGGUGAUGGUUGAUUCUACUGAGAUGAUUGAUGGAGUUGUUUCCCAUGAUGAGUACCGAGAUGUGAUGGACAUGAUGACCAUGAGCCAGAUUACCAGCAUUGUUCAGCUUCAUCCCGUUUCAGCAUUUGAUAUGUUUGGGGUGUCUACCAUUGAGGUUUUUGAGGGGACUCAGACUUUUCCUGUUCUAGAGCUUCCAGAGGAGGAUAGUAGCUUGUUUGAGGGCAUUGUUAGCCCAGUUGAGGGAGCUACCUCUAUAUCUGCACCCCACUCACCCACUUCACAGAUAUUUGAUAUAAAUGAUGAAGUUGCAUGGCCCGAUUCAGAUAGGGACUCUUCUGAUCAUGACUCUGAUCCCGUGAACCCUUGUAUGCUCCAUUGGGAACGAAAUUCUAAGGGAAGGUUGGAAAGAACUAAUUCAUCUACUCAAGUGCUGAAUAUUGGAAUUGCUAAAAAUACAAUGGAACCUCAAGGUGAAGAUCAACUAAGUCAACAUGGUCCAAAUGAAGAAAAUUUCCAUUUGUAUCGAUCUAUGAGGGACCAUAUGCAUCCACCGAGAAUGAGUGCACCAUCAUGCAUUGUUCCUCCUAGUGAGCAAAUGAUCAUCCGUCCUUAUUUGGUGCCACUUCUUCCUCAAUUCCAUGGAAUGGAGAAUGAGAAUCCUUACACUCAUAUAAAGGAUUUUGAAGAAGUAUGUCAUACUUUUCAAGAAGGGGCUGCAUCAAUUGAUCUUAUGAGGCUUAAAUUGUUUCCUUUCACUCUCAAGGACAAGGCAAAAGUGUGGCUGAAUUCUUUGAGACCGCGAAGUGUCCGCUCAUGGCCUGAACUACAAGCUGAAUUUUUGAAGAAGUUUUUUCCAGCUCAUCGUACUAGUGGACUGAAGAGACAAAUUUCCAAUUUUGUGGCCAUGGAGAAUGAAAAAUUUUAUGCCUGUUGGGAGAGAUAUAUGGAGGCUGUCAAUGCUUGUCCUCAUCAUGGUUUUGACACUUGGAUGUUGGUAAGCUACUUUUAUGAAGGUAUGUCACCGGCUAUGAAACAAUUGCUAGAAACCAUGUGUGGAGGAGACUUUAUGAGCAAGAGUCCUGAUGAAGCUAUGGAUUUUCUAAACUAUGUGGCUGAAAUAUCUAGAUCAUGGGAUGAACCUCAUGGAAAAGACUCCAGCAAAGUCAAGCCCCAAAACAAUGCUAAAGGGGGAAUGUACACUUUGAAUGAGGAUGUAGAUGUGCAAGUAAAAAUGGCAACUCUAUCAAGGAGAUUGGAAGAACUUGAAGCAAGAGGAGCUAAUGAAAUCAAAGUGGUUAAUGAUGUUCCAAUGCAAAUUGCUCAAUGCUCCAUAUGUCAAUCCGGUGAACAUCUAGUGAGCGAAUGCCCCACCAUACCAGCUGUUAGAGAAAUGUUUAUGGAGCAAGCUAAUGUUGUUGGAUUUGUUAAACACUCCAACAAUUCUCCAUUUUCAAACACUUAUAAUCCGGGUUGGAGGAAUCAUCCAAAUCUAUCUUGGAAGAGUGGACAAGGACAAUUUUCUUCUAACAUGCAAACUUCUCAACCUCAAGCUUCACCGGUAGAACAAGCUAUAGUGAAUUUGAGUAAAGUGAUGGGGGACUUCAUUGGAGAUCAAAAGAGUAUCAAUACUCAAUUAAAUCAAAGGAUGGAUCAUGUGGAGACAUCUUUCAAUCAGAAAUUUGAUAGCUUGCAAACCAAUCUCACACAAAAAUUUGAUAAUAUGCAGCUUGCUAUUUCCAAACUCACAAGUAUGCAUACGGUGCAAGAAAAAGGAAAAUUCCCUUCACAACCCCAACAAAAUCCAAGGGGAGUUCAUGAAAUUGGAGAAAAAAAUGAAAAUUUGGCUAAGGUAGAUGAAGUGAAGGCAAUCAUUACCUUAAGAGGUGGAAAACAAGUUGAUCAACCUAUGCCAAAACCAAAAGAGAAUAAAGGAGGGGAACAAGAAGAAAAUCAAGAUGAGGUUGUCAAUGAAGAGGUUAAGAAGAAAGAUAGGCUCUUAUCUCCACCUUUUCCAAAAGCUCUUCAAUCAAGGAAGGUGGUAAAUAAUGCAACUGAGAUUUUUGAAGUUCUCAAGCAAGUCAAAGUUAACAUACCACUCCUAGACAUGAUCAAGCAAGUUCCUCCCUAUGCCAAGUUCCUCAAAGAUUUAUGUACAAUGAAGAGGGGCCUGAACAUCAACAAGAAAGCUUUCUUAACUGAACAAGUUAGUGCAAUCAUCCAAUGUAAGACUCCAAUCAAAUAUAAAGAUCCAGGGUGUCCUACCAUUUCGGUGAAUAUUGGAGAUACAUAUGUAGAGAAAGCUCUUCUUGACUUGGGUGCAAGUGUAAAUCUUCUUCCCUAUUCGGUGUACAAGCAAUUGGGGCUAGGGGAACUUAAGCCUACCUCUAUCACAUUAUCUUUGGCAGAUAGGUCAAUUAAAAUUCCAAGAGGAAUGAUUGAAGACGUAUUGGUUCAAGUGGAUAAAUUUUACUAUCCGGUUGAUUUUAUUGUCCUUGAUACGGAGCCAAUAGCAAGAGAACCUAAUCAUGUUCCAAUCAUUCUUGGAAGACCUUUCUUAGCCACAGCAAAUGCAUUAAUAAAUUGCCGAAAUGGGGUAAUGCAGCUCACUUUUGGGAAUAUGACUCUUGAGCUGAAUAUUUUUCAUCUAUGCAAGAGACAUCCAAAUCAAGAUGAGGAUGAACAAGAAGAGGCUUGCUUGAUUGAUACUCUUAUAGAAGAACAAUUUGAAGAAAUUGAGCAAGAAGAGAAAACUGAGGAAGCUAAUGAAAUUACCUCCAUGAAUCAUCCUAUGCAAUGGAAAGUAAAAGAAAAGCCUUUAUCUCUAACCAAUGAUGAAGAAGAAAAGAAGGAAGGAUCACCUAAGCUCGAUCUCAAGCCCUUGCCAAGUGAUUUAAAAUAUGCAUACCUUGAGGAAGAUAAGUUUCCAGUGGUGAUCUCUUCAAAAUUAUCAUGCCAACAAGAAGCUAGCUUGUUGGAAGUUCUAAGAAAAUGCAAAGAAGCUAUUGGUUGGUCCAUUUCUGACCUUAAGGGGAUAAGUCCUUUGGUAUGCACUCACCACAUUUAUUUGGAGGAAAAUGCUAAGCCAAUUCGUCAACCUCAAAGGCGAUUGAAUCCUCACAUGCAAGAGGUUGUUCGAAAUGAGGUACUUAAGCUGUUACAAGCUGGAAUUAUCUACUCUAUUUCGGAUAGCACUUGGGUGAGUCCUACUCAAGUUGUACCUAAAAAGUCAGGAGUGACUGUGGUACAAAAUGAAAAGGGAGAAUCUAUUCCUACAAGAUUGACCACGGGAUGGAGAGUGAUCGAAGUGGAUAAAGCAAAGAUAGAGAUAAUUGUGAAUCUACCACCACCAACAAAUGUUAAAGAAGUUAGACAAUUCCGUCAUGCAGGUUUUUAUAGACGUUUCAUCAAGGAUUUCUCUAAGCUAGCAAGACCCAUGUGUGCCUUACUUGCUAAGGAUGCCAAAUUCAAAUGGGAUCAAAAUUGUCAACAUUGCUUUGAAGAGUUGAAGAGACUAUUGACCACUGCACCUAUUGUGAGAAGACCAAAUUGACUGCCUUUUGAAGUUAUGUGUGAUGCAAGUGAUCAAGCAAUGGGAGCAAUUCUAGGGCAAAGAGAUGAGGGGAAACCUUAUGUUAUCUACUAUGCAAGUAAAACUCUUAAUGAGGCACAAAAGAACUACACCACCACUGAAAAAGAGUUGCUUGCGGUUGUCUUUGCAUUAGACAAGUUUAGAGCAUAUCUUGUUGGAGCUCCUAUAGUGAUCUUCACCGACCAUUCAGCUUUGAAAUAUUUAGUCAACAAGAAAGACUCUAAAGCAAGACUAAUUCGUUGGAUUUUACUUCUUCAAGAAUUCAAUCUUGAAAUAAAGGAUAAGAAAGGUGUAGAGAAUGUGGUAGCUGACCACCUAUCUCGAAUUUCUGUGGAACACAUUCCGGAAAGCCCCCCCAUCAAUGAAGAAUUUCCUGAUGAUGCUCUUUUGAAAGUAGACACCAAUCCAUGGUAUGCUCAUAUUGCAAAUUAUCUAGUCACUAGAGAACUACCUAAGGAAUGGACUAUUCAAGAGAGAAGAUUUUUCUUAUCCAAGGUGCAUGCAUACUAUUGGGAGGAACCAUUUUUGUACAAGUAUUGUGCUGAUCAACUCAUUAGGAAGUGUGUACCAGAAGAAGAACAACAAGGAAUUCUUAUGCAAUGCCAUGCUUAUGCUUGUGGAGGCCAUUUCUCCACUCAAAAGACAGCUUUGAAGGUUCUCCAAUCAGGUUUUUAUUGGCCCACUGUAUUUAAAGAUGCACAUGAAGUUUGUAAGUCUUGUGACAAGUGUCAAAGGCUUGGAAAAUUGACAAAGAGACACAUGAUGCCACUUAAUCCUAUAUUGGUAGUGGAAUUAUUUGAUAUAUGGGGGAUUGAUUUCAUGGGACCGUUUCCACUCUCUUUUGGAUACUCCUAUAUUCUGGUAGGAGUUGACUAUGUGUCAAAAUGGGUGGAAGCAAUAGCUUGUAAGCAUAAUGAUCACAAAGUGGUUGUUAAAUUUCUCAAGGAAAAUAUAUUCACAAGGUUUGGGGUGCCAAAGGCCAUUAUUAGUGAUGGAGGUACUCACUUUUGCAACAAGAUAUUCAGUAACCUUCUCGCUAAAUAUGGAGUGAAACACAAAGUAGCCACACCUUACCAUCCACAAACAAGCGGACAAGUGGAGUUAGCUAACCGUGAGAUCAAGAACAUCCUGAUGAAAGUGGUGAAUGCAAACCGCAAGGAUUGGGCACUAAGACUUCAAGAUGCACUUUGGGCUUACCGAACUGCCUACAAAACAAUUCUUGGAAUGUCACCAUAUAGGUUGGUUUUUGGUAAGGCAUGUCAUCUACCAGUGGAAAUGGAGUAUAAAGCAUGGUGGGCCAUAAAGAAAUUGAAUUUUGAUAUGCAAAGAGCUGGGUUGAAGAGAUUCCUAGAUUUGAAUGAGUUAGAAGAAAUGAGGAACGAAGCCUACAUGAAUUCAAAAAUUUCUAAGGACAAACUCAAAAGAUGGCAUGAUCAAAUUGUCCUUAGAAAAGAGUUUCAAGAGGGACAAAAGGUGCUCCUAUAUGAUUCAAAAUUGCACAUCUUUCCGGGAAAGCUCAAAUCUCGAUGGAAUGGCCCAUACUUGGUUCAUAAAGCGUAUUCGAAUGGGGUAGUCGAAAUUACUAAUCCAAAGAAUGGAUGUAUCUUCAAAGUUAAUGGACAUCGGCUUAAACCAUAUAUGGAACCUAUGGUGCAAGAGAAGGAGGAGCUGUACCUUCUUGACCCGUCCAUAAAUUGA